CAUGCGCUGUAAAGUUGAAAAAGUACCAGUAUGGCGGAGGUUAGCCCGGGAUAAUAUUUUCUUAAAACUUGAUGAGAUUCAGAUAUUGAUAGAGUAUCAGGAUGGCACAUCAACUUCAUUUAGAGAAGGAAAAAUACAGACAGUGGGUAAAGGCUGGUUUAGGACUUGGAUAUUUAAAGGAGGGACUGGUACCAUUCUGUAAUGACAUAGCUGACCAACAACAUAAGGAUAUUUUACAAAACAUUCGGUCUACAAAGUCACUACCAUCAACUGUGACAUGUGGCAGCUGUCAAGUUCAAACUCUCAAGCCAGACCAUAAGCCAGUACCUGGGAGUGCUGGAAACAAAGUCUGUCCUCUUGGGCAAGUAAAAUGCAGCUGUUGCUUUAAGGGAAAAAUUGCUUUGUCGAACAACAUAUGUGGCGCCAUCUAUGACUUUAUUGUGCAGCAUCAUGCCUCCACGCCACCUGCACCUAACUGGAAAAACAGCGAUGCUCUACAGUGGGUGACAGAUCCUUGGAGCAUUUGUAAGUGUUUUAUAAAUGCUCCAGGGUACGAGCAGAAACAAUCUGCCUGUGAAACUGAUUGCACUGGGCUAUUACAUCUAAUGAUAAAUAACCAGUAUUUUCAUAGCCACAUUGGAUGCAAUGUCACAGGAACAAACAACCUUUUUUCAAAGGUACGUCAGUAUAGAAAUACUGUUUUCCACUCAAGCAGUAUGGAAUUGGAAGAAAGUGAGGCAAAUACAUACUUAAAUGAUAUGAUAGCAGUUCUACAAGAUGGUAAGGAGCUGUUACAACGAUCAGAUGCCCAGAUAGCGGUGAAGAAACUUCAAGAUCUGAAGAACAAAGAUUUCAUUAUUACGACUGAAAGCUUUGAAGAAAUCCUGAGAGAAAUUAAGGAAGAAAUGACAAAAGUUUUGAAAUCUUCAGAAAAUGCUGCAACUAAAGAAGAAUAUGAUGAUCUGAAGAAGAAGCUAAUAGACCUUGAAGCCAAGAUGUCUGAUGAAAAGGAGGGAAAGCUGGAAAAUGAAAAAGAACUUGAAGGACUAAAGAAAACAAUAAAAGAACUUGAAUUCCAAAUGUCUCAGGAAACACUCGAGAAAGCCGAAUUGAAAAAGAAAUUUACUGUUCUAGAGAAACUUGUAUCAGAACAGAAAGAGGAGAUGGCAAAAAUUACGACAGUAACUUCCUCAGGUCAAAGUCAGGCAGAGUAUGAGCAAACCAAGUUAGGUGAGUAAAUAUUUGUUUUGAUGGUGUACAUACAAGUGUAUGAUAUUGCCAUUAAUAUAAAUAAAAACCAGCUGAAUGUCAUUGUUACUUUAUCAUUUUAGAAAUUAAUAUGAUACAAUUAUAUACUCCGGAUCAUACAAUAUCAUUAAAUUUAUAAUAUUAUUAAAUUUAUGAAAUUACAAUGUAACAUUUGAUUAUAUCCUACCAUAUAAUGUGGUUGGUGCUAUACUGGAAUCACUUUGCGGCAUCAUUAGGUCAGUCAUUCCGUCUGUUUGUUUCCAUCGGGUCAAUAUCCCCUUGAAGGACAAAUGCCAAACAUCAAACUUUUUUUUCUUUUCUCUAUAUAUUCUAUACCCCCUGUGUGAUUUUCCUUAAAUUUGCCUCAACAAGGCAGUAUGCAUAACCAAUGUCUGUGCUUGGUUUGCUCAAGGUCAAUGUCAUCUAUGGAGGUCAAAGGUCAAAUAUGAAACAUUGCCCUCUCCCUUUUAUGCGUCCUAUACCCUUUGAAGAUUUUUCUUUCAAACUUGGCUCAAAUGUGCAUCUUAACAAGGCAAUGUUUAGAACCGAUGCCUCUGCAGUGCUGGCUCACAGCUUCUUUGAUUGUCAAAGGUCAAAUAUCAGACAGGCAAUAAUGUACUCGCUCUAUAAACUGUAUAAAUUUUCUUUAAAUUGGCAUAACUGUUUACUGCAACAUGAAAAGACAUACUACAGCUGUGCCAGUUCAAGGUCAAGGGAACCCUUGAAGGUCAAACGUAAUAUAUUGAACAUUUUCGUCUCUGCUUUAUAAAUCCUACACCCGGUCAUGGAUUUUCUUCAAACUUGGAUGUUCAUCUCAAUAAGGCAAUGGGCAGAACCAAUGCCACUGCCAUUCCAGCUUAAGGCAAAGGUCACCUUUGAAGGACAACGGUCAAAUAUCACAAACUUUUGUGUCAGCUCUAUAAAUCUUACAUGCCUUUUACGAUCUUCUUCAAGGUCAAGAUCAAUCUUGAAGGUCAAAAAUCAAAUGUCCGAUCAUUUUGUGUCGGACCCUUGAAGGAUUUUCUUCAAACUUGACCCUAAACAAUGGGAUAUGCAGAACAAAUGAAGCUUCUUUGCAGGCCUUUUGUUCUGAACUAUAAAUGCCAUCCUUUUCAAAUAUCUUAAUACAAUCCCAUCAAGAUAAAAACAAGGGAGCAUAAAGUGUUACCCCAGUUAAUUGUUGUUGGCGUGUGUGUUCAAAAACCUUGUCCCGCCUAUAGCUCUAUCAUGCUUCAUGAGAUUUUGAAAUGAUUUGGCAAAAUGUGUAGAAUGAGGAGACAGUUUGUAUAGCGCAAAACAUAAACCCCUAGCUCCAAGGUCAAGGUCACACAGAGUUUAAAUGUCAGCUUAUUAGGCCCAUAACUCUGUUAUGCAUGUAGGGAUUUUGAAACAAUUUAGCAUAAAUGUUGAGCAUGAUAAGCCAGUGUUUCAGGUUCAAGAUAUAGACCCCAGGUCAAAGUUGAAGGUCACACUUACUCUUACAGGUCAAAGGUCAGCAGUUUAAAGAAAAUCUUCGCUUGUCGUACACUCUGUUAUCCAUAAAGAGAAUGGUCAAUAAGUAAACACUGCUGGCAAAAGUGUUUAGCAUUAUAAGUCAUUGAUACCCUACCAUCCAAAAUAUAGGGGCGUCUGUGGCAGAGUGGUUAAGGUUGUUGACUUCAAACCACUUGCCCCUCACCGCUGUGGGUUCGAAUCCCGACUGGGACUUUGGAUUCUUUCAUGUGAGGAAGCUAUCCAGCUAGCUUAUGGAACGUCAGUAGUUCUACUCAGGUGCCGGUUCGUGCCUGAAAUAAUGCACAGAAGGGCACCUGAGGUCUUCCUCCACCAGUAAAGCUGGAACGUCGCCAUAUGACCUAUACUGUGUCGGUGUGACAUAAAACCCAAUCAAAUUAACAAAUAAAAACCAUUCAAAAUAAUUGUAUCUUAAAUAUUACAGAGCUUAUAUUUAUCAAGUUUAUUGCUCCAGGUCACAAUAAACUGAGAGGUUUGUGCUCCAAUGCCUUUUGAAUAUUUAUCAACAGCCAAAAGGUCUUUUAUUAUACCUCCACAAAUGAAGUUUAGGGGGGGGGGGUUAUAUAGGAGUCAGCUUGUCGGUCGGUCGGUACGUUGGUCGGUCCACAUCAUGGUUUCCGGACAAUAACUAGAGUUACGAAUGAGGUAUUGUUAUCAAACUUGGUAUAUAGCAACCUUAUGUGGAAACUCCGGUUGGUACUGCAUUUGGACCCUCUGGGGUCAAGGUCAAGGUCACCGUUACUAAAAAUAGAAAAAUGGUUUCCGGCCACUAACUAGAGUUAGGAAUGAGAUAUUGUUAUCAAACUUGGCGUAUAGCAAGCUUAUAUGAAGACCUUGGUUGGUAUUGCAUUUGGGCCUCCUGGGGUCAAGGUCAAGGUCACCGUAACUUAAAAUAGAAAAAUGGUUUCCGGACAAUAACUUGACUUAGGAAUGAGAUACUGUAAUCAAACUUGGUGUAUAGCAAGCUUAUAUGAAGACCUGGGUUGGUAUUGCAUUUGGACUCCUUGGGGUCAAUGUCAAGGUCACCGUUACUAAAAAUAGAAAAAUGGUUUCCGGACAAUAACUUGACUUAGGAAUGAGAUAUUGUUAUCAAACUUGGCGUAUAACAAGCUUAUAUGAAGAUCUUUGUUGGUAUUGCAUUAGGGCUCCCUGGGGUCAAGGUCACCGUUAGGAAAAAUAGAAAUAUGGUUUUCGGACAAUAACUAGAGUUAGGAAUGAGAUAUUGUAAUCUAAUUUGGUGUAAAGAAAGCUUAUAUGAAGACCUAGGUUGGUAUUGCAUUUGGACCCCUUGGGGUCAAGGUCACCGUUACAGUGUUACUUAAAAUAGAAAAAUGGUUUCUGGACAAUAACUACAGUAAGGAAUGAGAUAUUAUUAUCAAACUUGGGGUAUAGCAAGCUUAUAUGAAGACCUU